CUUCUCACAAGGCGCUCUUUAAGCUGUGUUACCACACAGAGCAGCCAUUCAUCGGCUCUACAGUCAGCCACACACACUCCCAUGUUGAACCAUUGGAAACCUAAAUUGCUGCACUUCUUGUGAAACGGAUUUCCAAACCCUGCCAGCGGCGGAGAGGAUUUGGGGACUUUUACGCACCAUUAUGGGUUUGCCUGAGAAGAGGCGGCAGUAACGGGGGAUCACAUUAGACUCCAUCUUAUUCAACCAAGACUUCUUAAUUACAGUCAGCAGUUUGUACUGUAUAAAAUCUAAAUUUCCAGUCGGCGUUGACCUAUCAUUGGUUGAAAACAAACAUGUCUGGCGAGGAGCACAGCCUGUCCGAGGCGGAGCUGAGUCCCGGAGGGUCAGAGGACGGCCACUCGCUGUCACCGACGCACCCCGGUGCGCCAGGCGGCCAUGACUCCCCUCUGGCCGGGCCGCCGCAGCAGCUGACCGCGCUCUGCGUCGCGGACGGCGGCGGAGACGAAGGAGGAAGAGGCAGACCCAAAUCAGAGGAGGAAGACGACCGCUUCCCCAUCGGCAUCCGGGAGGCAGUCAGCCAGGUGCUCGACGGGUAUGACUGGACACUUGUGCCCAUGCCGGUGCGCGUUAACAACGGGACCAAGAGUAAGCCGCACGUCAAAAGGCCCAUGAACGCCUUCAUGGUGUGGGCGCAGGCGGCGAGGAGGAAACUGGCUGACCAGUACCCUCAUCUGCACAACGCCGAGCUCAGCAAGACCCUCGGCAAACUGUGGAGGCUGCUGAAUGAGAACGACAAGAGGCCAUUCAUCGAGGAGGCAGAGAGGUUGAGGAAACAGCACAAGAAGGACUACCCUGAGUACAAGUACCAGCCCCGAAGACGCAAGAACGGCAAACUUGGGCCUACCAGUGAGUCCGACAACCAGGGGGAAGGGGAGGCCAGCCACUCCCAGUCACACUACAAGACCCUGCACCUGGAGCAUAAUGGUGGGGCUGGGUCUCCCCUGGGUGACCUGCACCACCACCACCAUCACCAUCACCAUCCUGCUGGUCAGGGUCACAGCCCGCCCACGCCCCCCACCACCCCAAAGACAGAGCUCCAAUCUGGGAAACUGGCAGAGGCAAAGAGGGAGGGGGGAGGAGGAGCAGGCGGUGGAUCAGGGGCGUCUAGAGGAGCCCUGGGGGUGGGAGCAGAAGGGGGAUCUGGUGGCCCCUCAUCAUCGAGUGCCAAACCCCAUAUCGACUUUGGCACCAUGGACAUUGGCGAAAUUAGCCACGAGGUGAUGUCCAAUAUUGAGCCCUUUGAUGUGAACGAGUUCGACCAGUACCUUCCGCCAAACGGCCACCCACAGAGUGGAACCAGCGCCUCUGCAGCCGGAUCCUCUGCCUCAUCAUAUGCCUACGCUCUGGCCGCCGCCAGUGGGCACUCCGCCUGGCUCUCCAAACAACAGCAACAGCCUCAGGCCUCACCGUCUUCCUCAGACCCCUCAAAGGCCCAGAUCAAGAGUGAGUCGGCGUCUGGGAGCCACUACGCCGAGACCUCGUCCUCCCCCUCCUCAGGCACCCAUGUCACCUACACCCCACUCAGCCUCCCUCACUACGGCUCCGCUUUCCCCUCUCUGGCCUCCAGGGCGCAGUUUGAGUACGGAGAGCACCAGGCACCCGGGGCGUACUAUGCCCACUCCAGCCAGGCCCCUGGGCUGUACUCAGCCUUCUCCUACAUGGGCCCCACACAGAGGCCCCUGUACACCACCAUAGGAGACCCCUCCAGCGUGGCCGGCUCCCACAGUCCCACACACUGGGAGCAGCCCGUCUACACCACACUCACAAGACCUUGAAGGAGACGAGCCGUGCCGAGGGAAAUAUGCGAAGCGUGCAACUGUGUGUGUGUGUGUGUGUGUGUGUGUGCGCGCGCGCGUGUGUGUUUGAGAAUAUGUGAGCGAGCAUGCGUAUUUGUAUACAUGUGUGUGCCCGUGCCAUAUUGAUGUUACAUGAGAAGUUUAUACUUGGUUAGCCAAUGUAAUGCAAGAUGCAUCGUGGGGCCUUACACAGUUACUCUGAAAACAGCCACAUACACACACACACAUAUUACAAAGUGUGAAUCAACGGUCAAUAGCCAAUCACAAUAAAUAAAUCUUAACAAAUGUGUGCCAUCUUAAGUGUAUGGGUUGAGAUGUACAGCAAGUGUGUAUACAAGUGAUAGGUAAGUGACAUUUCGCACAUUGAAGCUGAAACGACAUUGGAUUGAUGAAUGACUCUGAUAUGACCCAGAAGCGAUGGGUUUAGACUGACAUAAUCAGAUUUUAUUAACCAAACUAAAGGAGAUGUUUUUGACGUCAUAGUGUUAUUUUAUAUGAGUAGUAAGUUUAUUGUUGUUGUUGUUUGUUGUUGACAUCCUAGGGUGUAACUUUUAUCAUGACUGAUUUGAUAUUACACUUAUACAUCUGCACCACUGCUUUGGGAAAAGUGUUUUGUUUCCAAAUAAUGUUCACUGGGUUUGUUUCAAUGGCCAGAUAAGGAUAGUUGUAACUCAAGUUUCCUUCUUUAUCUGUAGUAAACGCAGUCUUGUCCGAUGUCCAUCUUUUCACUGACUUCAUUGAACUGAACAAACAUUUAAGGGGAAAAAAAGGAAAAAGAGAGGGAAAGAGGACUCUUAAGAGACAUUUCAGCUUACAUACAUAUCGCUCAGUUUUGGACACAUUACCUCAACUCUGUUCAUAUUGUGCCAAUAGUAAUAGAGAAAUACUAUCCUGGGUACCUGAUCAAGUAAUGCUGAAGGUAUUAAAAAAAUUCAUAGCACUAAACCUUCAGUUUAGUCACUGGACUUCUUUUUUCCAUGCUUUUUAAGUGUAUACCUCUUUGUUGCAUUACAUUUGAUUUGUCCAAUUACUGAGGUAAAAUCUAUUAGUACAAAGUCUUAACCAAAUCUCCUGAGAUAAUUGGCCAGCUUUGGGUCCUACUUAAGGAUUAGAAUCACAUGUACUACAAUUCUGCACUCCAUGUAGGCCAAAAGCAUGUUUUCUUCUUUAUAGUGUUUCCCAUAUUGUGUCCAUGUCACCCUCUUCCUCUUCAGCAAUGUGAAUAAUGGUCAUUACCACAGGCUUUACUUUUAUUACAUGAUGCAUACUGUAUCAUUUUAUACUGACCCUCUUACCAUGUAGUUAUUUUUAUGUAAGUAAUAAUGCAUUUUGUGUCAUACCUUUGCUUCCUCUGUUUUGUAUAAUUCUGGAUAGUUUUGUAAAGUGUUUGCUAUACAUUCGCUGAGUAUUUUGCUUCCUUACAAGAAAAAGCAAUGUUGA